AUGAUUCGGAAUAAGGGACACGGCUAUUUGCCAUCGGUACAUCGCCUCCAGGACGAUAUGGUAGAUGUGACACCAUUCGGCAAAUACGAAGCCAUCACCGAGAUAAACAUGCGGUUCUCACCCUUGCUCCUUCUACCUCGAGAGUUGCGCGAUUAUAUCUGGGAAUAUGUCCUCGGAAGCUACCUCAUCUUCAACACUCAACCCGAAAGGCCGCUCGCAAUGGCCCAUGACUCAGACCAAUACAUCAAACACCCUCUAACUAUCCUGUGCGUCUGUCGUUCGACAUAUGCGGAAGCGCGCUUCAUUCCCUUCGCCAUCAACAACUUCUGGUACAGGCCUACACACUCACCGAUGCCCAGCGAUGUAAACGAGUGGUGGCGUAAGUUGAUGCCUGCACAGUUCAACGCCAUUCGUAUCGUUUCAAUGCAUCUCGGAAGAGACAUUACCGAUACUGAUAUCCUGCAAGUGGAGGCUUUGGCGCCUUUGGUGGGAUUGAGGAGGAUUGUAUUCAAUGUCUAUGCGGGCUACACGGGGAGUUGGAGAGACAUCACUGAUGAGAGGUUUCAGCUGAUGAAGGAUAAACUGGUUAAGAGGCUUGAGAAAGUGCUGUGCGCAGAGGGAGUGACGAUCGUCUUCAAGGCAUGA